GUCAUGCUUCCUGUGAGGGUGUGAGUGCGCAUGCGCGCGCGGUGCCGCUGUCAGGGCACGGCUCAGCUACAGUAUGGCGGCGAGCUGCUGCUGGAAGGAUGCUUCUGUCGGCCAGUCUGCUGCUGCUGCUCGGGCUGUUUCCAGAAUGUGAAGGGGAAAAUCCACCGCGCACGGAAAGUGGACAAUUUUAAGGGGCCUGUAGCCACGGAACUCGAGAUGGCCAGGCUUGCGGAUUAUUUCGUCGUGGUCGGCUACGAUCUCGAUAAGAGGGGGGGAAGUGAAGGUCAAGGCCGGAUCCUUCAGCGAUUCCCAGAGAAGGACUGGGAAGAUAACCCCUUUCCUCAGGGCAUCGAGCUGUUCUGCCAGCCCAGCGGAUGGCAACUGGUCCCUGAGCGAGAGCCUCCCUCUUUCUUUGUGGCCGUCCUCACAGACAUCAACUCCGAACGCCAUUACUGCGCCUGCUUCACCUUCUGGGAGACUGUCGAUAACCCUCAGUUAAAGGACGAGCCGAGCGAAGCAGACGAAGAUGAAAGUCCUGAUCUUGUACAGCCUGCACAGCUAUAUGCCCCCAAGAGCCUGGUGCUGGUGUCCCGCCUGGACCACACCGAGGUGUUCAGAAACUGUCUGGGACUCAUCUUCAGUGUCCACGUGGAGCACAUCAACGUUCCCCUGGAAACGGUGAUCGGGAAUCUCCUGACCUGCAUCAUUCCUGUCGCUGGAGGAUCUCAGAUUAACGAUCCCCCAGUCUGUAGUUUAUCUGACUGGCUGCUGGGUUGUUUUCAGCCAGGCGAGGAGGACAGAGAGGACAGCUUGAGGACCAUCACCUUGGGGGCAGGAGACAGACAGGUGAUCCAGACGCCCAUCAACGACUCGCUUCCUGUGAGCGGAUGCAGCGUGGCCCAUCUCUUCAGGCAGCUCGGUAUCGUGAACGUAUUGUAUCUGUUCUGCGCCGCUCUGACCGAGCACAAGAUCCUCUUCCUGUCCAAGAGCUACCAGCGGCUCACUGACGCCUGCCGAGCGCUGCUGGCUAUCAUGUUCCCGCUAAAAUACAGCUUCACCUAUGUCCCCAUCCUUCCCGGGAAGCUCCUGGAAGUCCUCAGCACACCGACACCCUUCAUCAUCGGCGUCAACUCCUUUUUUCGCUUGGAGACUCAGGAGCUGUUGGACGUCAUCAUCGCAGAUCUGGACGGAGGCACGGUGACUAUCCCGGAGUGUGUCCACAUAUCUCUGCUGCCUGAGCCUCUUCUGCAGCACACACAGGCGGUGCUCUCCAUGGUGCUGGAUCCGGAGCUGUCUGUAGCAGAUCACGCUUUCCCUCCGUCCUCCACGCAGCCCUCGCCAGUAAGGAUCCAGGACAAAGAGGUCCGUGCCGUGUUUCUGUGGCUCUUCGCGCAGCUUUUCCAUGGAUAUCGCUGGUGUCUGCAUAUCAUUCGUAUUCACCCCGAGCCGGUCAUUCGCUUCCAUAAGGCUGCUUUUCUGGGUCAGCGAACGCUCUCCGAGGACGACUUCCUGAUGAAGGUGCUGGACGGCAUGGCGUUUGCGGGCUUCGUGUCUGAGCGAGGGCCGCCGUACAGACCCACGGACCUGUUUGACGAUCUCAUCGCCAACCAGGUGGAGCGAAUCCGGCGCGAGCAGAACGACCUGCACAAAGUGAUGAACCACAUCAAGGAGCUGGCCGAGCAUUUAUUCAAAAACGAGAACCCGUACCCUGCAGUAGCCAUGCACAAAACUCAGCGCUCAGCGUUGGACAGUCCUCAGUCUCAGAUCCCUGUGUCUCUGACCCCCUUUCCGUUCCUGGACGAGGUCUCUGUCCAGCUGUUUAUCGAUCACGCAGCUGCUAAGCUCAUAUCGGCGCCCCCUGUGGUCAAAUCUGAGCUGAAGGAGAUGGCGCCCUCAGGCCCUCCCCUAGGUGAUACCGUGGACAGAAACGGCAGCGUCCUGGCAAACAGUGCGCGGAGGCUGGAGGUCGUCAGGAACUGCAUCAUGUACAUCUUUGACAACAAGUUGCUGGAGGCCAAGAAGUUGAUGCCGGCGGUGUUGCGGGCGCUGAAAGGGCGUGCAGCUCGUGUGUGUUUGACUCAGGAGCUGAACCAGCAUGUGCUGCAGAACAGAGCCGUGCUGGAUGACCAGCAGUUCGACUACAUUGUGCGCAUGAUGAACUGCGCGCUGCAGGACUGCUCUCACAUGGAUGAACAUGGCAUUGCAGCAGCUCUCCUGCCCCUCGUCACUGCUUUCUGUCGGAAACUUGGUGGAGGCAUCACUCAGUUUGCAUACAGCUGUGUGCAGGAUCACAUGGUGUGGACCAACAUGCAGUUUUGGGAGGCCAUGUUUUACAGCGAUGUACAGAACCAUAUCAGAGCUCUUUAUCUGGAGACAGACGAGCGAGCCACAGCAGGAUCUGAUGAGGAUGGUGCGGGCAGGCCGGAGCAGCUCAGCGCGCUGGAGAUGGCGUCGGAGCAGACACGCCUGUGGCCGACUUUGAGCAAAGAGUGUCAGCAGGAACGCGUGCAGAAGGAGGAGAGCACCGUGUUCAGCCAGGCCAUCCACUACGCCAACCGCAUGAGCUACCUGCUGCUGCCGCUCGACACCAGCAAGAACCGCCUGCUGCGCACCACCGGCCUGGCCGAGGUCGAGAGCGUCAGCAACAGCUUCGUCACUAACAGCAUCGCAGGCAGUAUGGCCGAAAGCUACGACACCGAGAGCGGCUUUGAGGACGCCGAGAGCUCCGACGUGGCCAAUUCGGUGGUUCGCUUCAUCAACCGCUUUGUAGACAAAGUGUGCAAUGAGAGCGGCGUGACCAACGAACACCUGAAGGCCCUUCACAUCAUGAUACCAGAUAUCGUUCAGAUGCACAUCGAGACGUUGGAAGCGGUCAACCGAGAGAGCAAGAGGCUGCCUCCUAUCCAAAAGCCCAAGCUCUUGAGGCCCACUCUCUUAGCGGGUGAGGAGUUUGUGAUGGAUGCUAUGCGUGUGCACCUCCUGUCAGAUGGCCGAGACGAGGCCACGGGGGUAAGGGGCGGUCCUCCACUCCUGCCUGCUGAGGGUGCCAUCUUCCUCACCACCUACAGGAUCAUCUUCAAGGGCACACCCAACGACCCGCUGGUUGCAGAGCAGGUUGUGACGCGCUCCUUCCCCGUGGCCUCCCUCACUAAGGAGAAGAAACUUCAAUCAGGCAAUUUACCUGUAGACCAGUUUGUACAGGAGGGUCUGCAGCUCCGCUCCUGUACCUUUCAGUUGAUGAAGAUAGCGUUUGAUGAGGAGGUGGCGUCAGACCUCGCCGAGGUUUUCCGGAAGCAUAUUCACAAACUGCGAUACCCUCAACACGUCCACGGCACUUUUGCCUUCACCGUGGGUCAGUCAGCCAAGAUAAUGGUGGAGCACAAGACCAAGGACAAAAACCAGUCUCUAAAAACCCUCUCUAAAAACCUGGUGAAGAGCGCUAAGAAGACCAUCGGACGACAGUACGUGACCCGGAAGAAGUACACCCCUCCGACCUGGGAGCACCGGAGCAGUUUGCAGUCUGAAACGGACAUGGAUGAGAUCUCUGUGUCUGAGGAUGUUGAGCAGAGCUCGCUCACGCUUUCCUCUACCAUCCGCUCGUCUGACCGCCAGACCAUGAGCAACGUCGUUGAACGCGCAUGUUGCCGUGACUACCAGCGUCUGGGACUGGGCACGCUCAGUAACAGCCUGACGCGCUCGAAGAACGAGCCUUUCCGGAUCUCUACUGUCAACCGCAUGUACAACACCUGCAGGAGUUAUCCGGGCCUGCUGAUCGUACCACAGAACAUCCCCGACUUGACACUCCAGCGCAUUUCCCGCUGCUACAGACAGAGCCGCUUCCCCGUGGUGUGCUGGAGGAAUUCCCGCACUAAAGCCGUGCUCCUGCGCUCGGCCGGUCUGCACGCCAAGGGAGUCGUGGGAUUCUUCAAAUCUCCAAACGCCCCCAGUGCAGGUCCCUCUCAAGCUGACUCCACCAGUAUAGAGCAGGAGAAGUACCUGCAGGCCAUCAUCAGCUCCAUGCCCUCCUACAGCGAGGCCAGUGGAAGAAACACACUCAGCGGCUUUACAUCCAUCCACAUGAACACCUCAGACUCAUCUGACAAACUGAGACAACCGAAAAUCGGAGCUCUUAUGAAGCAGGUUAUGGGAACUAAAGAGGAUGUGCCUGGAACCUUCAGUCGUGGAGUGCUGGGCCAGAGGGCAAAGGUCAUCUCGCUCUCGCAGCCUAAGGUUUCGGUCAAGGCCCGCGGCUCACCCCGAGGAAAGUGGGGCAGUAUCCGAGGCAGCGGGCGUCACUCUGGGUAUAAUCCUGAAGUGGGAAACCGGCUAGCAGGAAAGGAUGCCCCUCAGGCAAACGGCGGGCCGACCGAGCCCUACUUCCUCCAUCAGCAAAGAGCGUAUCUGUACAUCAUCGGGGACAAGAACCAGCUAAAGGGAGGAAAGCAGGACUCGUUCCAGCAGUGGGAGGUGGUACCCAUCGAGGUGUUCGACGUCCGGCAGGUGAAGAACAGUUUUAAGAAGCUGAUGAGGGCCUGCGUUCCUUCCUGCACUUCCACUGAGCCCAACAUGUCCUUCCACCGCUGCCUCGAGGAGUCUGAAUGGAUGAAUUUGCUUCACAGGCUGCUCCAGGUGUCCGUUCUGGUGGUGGAGUUAUUGGACACCGGCUCGUCGGUCAUGGUGAGCUUGGAGGACGGAUGGGACGUGACCACUCAGGUGGUGUCUCUGGUGCAGUUGCUGUCAGAUCCGUACUACCGCACGUUCGAUGGCUUCCGGUUAUUGGUGGAGAAGGAGUGGCUGUCGUUCGGUCACCGUUUCAGCCACCGAGGCGCUCAGACGCUGGCCAGCCAGAGCAGCGGCUUCACCCCCAUCUUCCUGCAGUUCCUUGACUGUGUGCACCAGAUCCAUCAUCAGUUCCCUAUGGAGUUUGAGUUCAGUCAGUAUUAUCUAAAGUUUCUGGCUUAUCACUAUGUGUCUAAUCGCUUCCGGACUUUUCUGCUGGACUCUGAUUAUGAGCGAAUAGAGCUGGGUGUUAUGUAUGAGGAAAAAGGAGAGAGGAAGAACCCUCAAGUCUGUAAGUCCGUAUGGGAUUACAUCGACCGUCUGCACAAGACCACCCCCAUCUUCUACAAUUACAUGUUCUCUCCAGAAGAAGAGGAGGUUUUAAAGCCCUACAGUUUCAUCUCCAACUUGAAGGUGUGGGACUACUACACAGAGGAGACUCUCUCCGAGGGACCGUCCUAUGACUGGGAGUUGGUGCAGGGGAAAACCGAGGAUCCGGACGAGGAGAAAGCCGAGACGGCUGCACCCAAAUCGCAGAGGCAGGUGGUGUGGCCUUGUUAUGACAGCCUGAGCAAAGUGCUGCCAGACGCCAUCACUAAACUGCUGCAGGAUGUGCAGAACCUCGAGGCGGAACUCGGACACACCUCUGAGAGAUGGAAGGAGAAGUGGGAUAAGAUAAAGACCACGCAACGCACCGAGACCAAACUAGAGAGUCGGCCCUCUUUCUCCAGCUCGCUCCUGAUGUCGUCCAACCUUACCCACCAGAGGCGCACUCAGGGCAUGUACUUGCAGGAGAGCGGAGUUGGCUCCUCCAUCAACCUGGCGCUGGAGUGCGAGGCCAGCGCCACCUCCACACCGGCCACCAACCGCACCUCCACCAGCACGCUUUAUUCCCAGUUCAGAAGCACCGAGAGUGAGAACCGGAGCUUUGAAGGAAUCUUAUUUAAAAGAGGAGCCUUGCUGAAACCUUGGAAGCCGCGCUGGUUUGUGCUGGACAAGACCAAGCAUCAGUUAAGAUACUACGAAACGAGGCAGGAUAAAGAGUGCAAGGGGGUCAUCGAGCUGGCCGAGGUGGAGUCUGUCAUUCCAGGUGCUCCUGCCAUGGGAGCUCCAAAAAACAUAGAGGAGAAAGCCUUCUUUGAUCUAAAAACGACCAAACGAGUGUACAACUUCUGUGCGCAGGACAGCCAAAACGCACAGCUGUGGAUGGACAGUAUUCAGAGUUGCCUAUCUGACGCAUAGAUGAAGGGCGGGCCUGUGUGUGUGUGUGUGUGUGUGUGUGUGUGUGUGUGUGUGUGUGUGUGUGUGGAAGAGAGAAACUUUACUGUGAUUGGACACAUGGGUGAUGCUCCUGGCUCUCGAAUGACGUGGAGAGAACCACGUUUAUCUUAAAGGAAAAAAAAAAAGAUUUGCACCUCGCCACAUUUCAGUGUUUUUGUAUAAAACAAAUUACAAAAAAAAAAAAAAAAAACGAGAAAAAAAACUCCCCGAAAGACUGACGUGGACGCGAGUAGCCUAACCACUAUACACACCUCCUGGAUGUUCUCUUCUGCUCUGUGGAUACGAGGCAUGGCGUCACUAAUCCCAAUCUCUCGCUCCUUUUCUUCCCAAAACUACUGCCAGACGAAACGAACGCUAUGCAGGGGUUCUGAGCAUGCCCAGUACAGCACCUCACCCAAAAAACCACGCCAGCUCUUCACUGUCAGAUUCCACGCCACGUUCCGAAGACACGCCCAUUUCCCUGUAAUCAUGAUUCUUCUCUUCGCUCAGAUUCCUUUUUCAUGCUCAUCAGCUUUUAUCGCGGCGACGACGAGGCGCACGGAAGCACGGCGUCGCUCUUAACGGUUCAUGAAGGAUCUUUACGGCUUCAUUCAUCAAAAAAAAAGUCUGUGUAUAUCCAAUGUUAGUCAUUAAUCCCUCCACAUGCCAGUUCUCACAUUAGCGUGUUUACAAGACGUAUAUACAAGACCAACUAGAACCACUAUUAACUUUACAAGUGUAAGGGUCUGUUGUGUUGUGGUGAUUCAUUUACGAUGAAAAUAUUGUUCUAAAUAUGUCCUGCACACGAGCAGAUGAAGCACUCGAUUAACGCUUACGUUUACACCAGAUUUGAAGCUGAGAUUUACCACAAAAUUUUGAAACAUUUAUUAAACAAGGUUUGUUUAUAUAUAUAUAUAUAUAUAUAUAUAUAUAUAUAUAUAUAUAUAUAUAUAUAUAUAUAUAAAAUCCUUUUCAGUCCUUACAGGUUGGUGUUGUUUUAGUAAAACUGGCAACCUGCUCUUAUCUAUCGACCCUACAUUCAAAGAUUUUUUUUUAUUUAUUAUAAUAAUUAUUUGACUUUUUUUUUUUUCUUUUUUUUUUUUUAUUAUGCGAAUUGUUCAUUGGAAGCUCAGGUCACCUGAUCUCCACGAUCUCACACCUUGUCGUUGUCAGUGUUUUUAGUUACCUUCUCUUUAAAAUCCUGUACAUAGAGGAGUUCCCGUCUGUAUUCUUUCAAAAAAGUUUAUUUAGCUGGUCCGGGUGAAGGCUGCAAAUAUGCGUCACGUUCCCCCUUUUUUAUUUCGAGGAUGAAAACUAACACACACACCCACCCACAUUUACACACGUAUAUAUAAAAUGUAUGUACACACAUACAGUGUAAAAUAGGGUAAUACCUCUGUCAUGUUGAACAUAAAAUCCGAAUUGUAGAUUUUUGUUCUGAUAACUCCCUUUGUACAUAAUCUACAGAUUUCUAUGUUUGUUAGUAAUUUAUUUAACUUUGUCUCCUCAAAACACCACUUAACGUUUUUGAAUUAGAAACUCCAGUAUGUGCCAUUGUUUAUUUCUGUAUUAACUAUUGACUAAUGCAGUUUUUUUUUUUUUUUUUUAAAUCUUCAGAUAUGACUCAAAUAAAUCCUCAGUGUCCUUUUUUUUUCUAACAUGGUGGUGUUCUCAUUGUACAUGUUCCUCUUGGAUUGUUGUUAUGUAAGUGGGAUAACAGAGGAAAUCUUGUUCUCAUUCACUUAUUAAUACAUUCAUGCUGUUACAAGAAA